AAGUUCGCGCCUGGUGCCGAACAGCUGAGGCAGGACGUGGCAAUAGGAGUCUCGAUCGCGAUGACACUUACUGGAAUGGUAUGUGUUGCAUUGCGAGUCUUCACACGUGCAUACAUUGUUCGCAAUAUGGGAACAGAGGAUAUAGUUAUGAUCAUUGCCGCAGCCUUGACAUUUGCCCUUACUCUAGAAUUUCUCGUAGGCGCACGAAAGUAUCUGAUGGGAUUCAGUGGGAUGUCCUUGACACCCUUGAUGAUGGAAAGGAAUAUUCAAAUGAUCCUUGCUAUGGUUGUUACUUAUAAGAUGGUGGUCACACUCGUAAAGAUAUCAAUUUUGAUCAUCUAUCUGCGUUUAGCUGUCAUCAAAAUCUUUGAAAGACUUUGCAAAGGCACGAUAAUUCUGCUAGCAACGUGGCAGUUGAUCGUCACCAUCGUGGUGCCCGCGCAGUGUACACCCCUCGAAAAGCUUUGGGAUUUCACAGGCCAAGUCAAGGGCACCUGUAUCAAUGCUAAUGCAUUCUAUCACGUUACCUCUGCAUUUCACAUUGUCAUGGAUCUAUGGAUCCUCGUCCUGCCCAUCAAGUUCGUGCUCGCGAUCCCCCGCCCUCCCCGCGAAAAACUUGCGCUGUACUUUGUUUUUGGCUUGGGUUUCUUCAGCAUGGUCGCAUCCAUCAUAAGGCUGCAAUACCUGCGCCAGUUUACCCUCUCUAGUGACCCAUUUUACGAUUCAUUGCCCAUAAACAUGUGGUCGUUGAUCGAAGUCAACAUCGGCAUACUCUGCGCUUCACUGCCCACCUUGAAGCCCCUCGUAUCAAAAGCGCAGCGCACCCGGACUCGAGAAGUCUUGAAUCAGCACAAU